AUGUGCUUCCAAGAGUUCAUCGGCUAUACCUGUGGCCACUGCUCCAUGCCGGUCCUGCGCCCCUGCUCGCUCACCACCUCGGUCCACCAGAACCCCGUCUGCAGCCUACAGGCUACCCGGCCCUUCAUCUCUCCCGAAAUGUGCCCGGCAUGCUCCCGCAUCAUGCACACCCGCGCCGUUCUCAUCCAGGAGUGGGAGCACCACUUCCUCCACGAGCGUGGCGCCUGCGGCUGCGACGUCAUCUUCCCAGACCUCGUUCGCCCAAGGAUCAUUGGUGGCGAGGCCGUCUUUCGGUACCAGGCUAUGAUGGAGCAACAGGAACAGCAGAGCAAGGCCGCCAUGGACAAUGCACACAGCACCCAUAGCAACAAGAACAACUCUCAGGCCGUAAUGUCUUACGCCCUCCCUCCUACUCCUCCCCCUCAAGACGGCCAGCGAGCUCCUCCAAUCUUCCAGGAAGUCCACGGUCCUGACGGUCAGCUUGCCAUCGCCGUCCGCCUCCCUAGCCUGUACGCCGCCGAGUGGGUUGAAGACCACCGCAAGCUCCACCAGCGCGGCGAAUGUUCUUGCAGGGCCGACUUUACACCCUACAAGCCCGAGUGGGUGGCCCAAGACGGUGGUGUUCCGGAUCAGCAACAGCAGCGAGUCCAGCCCCAAAUUGAGUACGCCACCCCCAUCGCCCCCGCUUCCUUGAGCCCCGAACGCCGCCGCGCCGUCUCGGUCGACAUUUCUCGUACCCUCCUCGCCACCUGCAACAAUGGCGACAACAAAGCCAACGACGGCGCCAUCGAGGUCAGGACCGAGGUCAAUCACCCCAAGCACCGCCGAUCCUCGAGCGCCGAGGCCACAACCACGUCCAACUCCAGCACCCGCGAGUCCAGCGACAUCGGCGUCGAGAUCACCACUUCCGACUUUGCACACUACAUGGGCGAGGAAGACAAACAUCAGAAGCAGGACAUGAUCACCAUCGACCCCCCUUCUAUGGUCCCAACCCACAACUGGGGCCCAGCCCUGCGCGCCAUCUCAGCUGACGGCGGCGUCUUCAAGCCCCAGUCUUCUGCUGCUGUCAACCAAAUUCAUCACCACGAGGAGCACGACAUCGAGAUGCACAUGGCCAACAUGCACAUGGGAGCCGGCAUGCAGCCGCAGCCACAGCAGCAGGGCGUCUGCAGCUUCACCAACCUGACCGGCGGCAACCCCGAGGAACACCAGCGCUUCCGCAACCCGACCGCCCUCCCCAUCGCCAGCCUGCCAGUCGGAGCCGGACCGGAGGGUCGCCACCGCCACAUGGUACCGUUUGAGCAGUGCGUCCUGCGUCGGUAUCCUCCUGGCGUGAGGACCCGCUACUACAACUGA